AAUUGAACUCCACCCCUCCAUUUUUAGGCAUUUGGGAGAGUAAGAUUAAUGACAAAAUACCUUAGCCUAAACACAAAAACAAAAACAACCAUUUUCUUUUUUGUUAUAUUCAAUUGGAAGUUCCUUGUGGGUUGGCUCUUUCACUUUAGUUGCUCUUUCGUUCUUUUCGUUGGACCCAAAGCUAAACGAAAGAUAGAGACAGAGAAGAAGAUAUGGAAAAGUUAAGCCAUCUCUUCUUGACAGUUUUUCUUCAUAACUUCUCGACGUUCAUGGUGAUUCCAGCCAUGACAGAUGUUACUAUGGCUGCAAUUUGUCCUGGACAAGUUGAGUGCUCUCUUGCCAUUUUUCUCAGCGGAUUUCAACAAACGAUCAUAGGGCUGGGGACAUUGGUGAUGAUGCCUUUGGUAGGAAAUCUGUCGGACAAGUAUGGGAGGAAAGCUUUGCUUGGUUUGCCAAUGGGUCUUGCUAUAAUUCCUCUAGCCACAUUGGCAUACAGCAGAACCAGGAGCUUCUUCUACGCAUAUUAUGUGCUUAGGACUCUCACUGCCAUGGUUUGCGAAGGAAGCGUCCAUUGCCUCGCUCUUGCUUAUGUGGCGGACAGGGUUCCUGAAGGGCGACGAGCAUCGGCGUUUGGAAUCCUUUCAGGUAUUGGAUCUUCGGCGUUCGUUUGUGGAACACUCUCUACUCGUUUCCUCUCCACUGCCUCCACUUUCCAGGUUGCGGCCUCAGUGGCAAUCGUGGCCUUAGUGUACAUGAGGGUUUUCCUUCAGGAUUCAAUCGUUGAUGGAAACAUUUCCACACCAAUACUCUCCAAUGGAAAGAGUAAAGUUGAUGUGAUUGGAAAUUCAAGUAAGAACGUGCAGAUUUUUAAAACCAUGCCUUCCUUGGAGGAUAUGCUUUGCUUGCUCAAGAGCAGUGUUACGUUGUCACAAGCUGCUGUGGUUGCAUUUUUCAUCAAUUUUUCGGAAGUUGGCCUUCAUGCUUCGCUAAUGUACUACUUAAAGGCACGAUUUCACUUUAAUAAGAAUCAGUUUGCUGACUUAAUGGUAAUUUCUGGGAUUGCUGGGACCAUUUCACAGUUGCUUCUCAUGCCCAUGCUGGCUCCUGCUUUAGGAGAGGGGAGGUUGCUUUCAAUAGGUCUCUUCUUUACAUGCACACAUAUGUUUCUUUACAGCAUUGCGUGGUCCUUCUGGGUACCUUAUGCUGCUGCUAUGCUCUCGAUUUUUUUUGUGUUUUCACAACCAUGUAUGCGGACAAUUGUGUCGAAACAAGUUGGGACCUCUGAGCAGGGAAAGGCUCAAGGAUGUAUCUCAGGCAUCGGUUCCUUUGCCAAUGUCGUUUCUCCCUUAGUGUUCUCACCUUUAACAGCUUUGUUCCUAUCUGAAAGAGCACCAUUUCAUUUCCCUGGUUUCAGUAUAAUGUGCGUCGGAUUCGCUUCGAUGAUAGCCAUGAUUCAGAGUACCAUGAUGAGGGUGGCUCCUCCCAUUUCAAAUGAGAGAAUCAGUAAUAGCAACUACAUGGAUGCGUAAUCAUGCCAAGAGACUUCAAAAUGCGUUUGUUGCUUUCUACCUUCAGAUUGAGCCCUACUGUUUAUUGUGUGCUAGCGAAAUAGUAUAUUUGUGGGCCUAGAAAAUCUGAACCUGAAAUUGAAACCUAGCACUGUUGGUUGUAGGAGUAGCCAUAAGAUUUAAACCAUUUGAUGUUAUGGAUAGUGAGUAUCUCAUUGAAGUAGCAUUGACUAGAGGAGACUCAAAAUGUGAGAGCCUAAAAUAUGGAAGUGGAUCAGUGAUAACCGCAGUGGAGUUUGUAUGGCGUCCAUGUCUGUUUAUUAUUAUUUCUUUUGGCAGUCCGUGGUAUUAGUUAGAUGUGGCUAUAAAUAGAAAAGCUCAGUUUGUCUGUUAUGCAAUGAACUUAUAGGUAUGUAUUAGAAACCACAUUCUUCGCAUUGA